GCAUUCUCUACAUUCUUCUUCUACGCCCAUUCCAGUUUGGCGUUCCACCGUUUAGUGCUUCAUUUCGGCAGUCUGCAGUCACCGAAUAGAGAAGCAACGAGGGACAAACGAGAGCUAAGCUCGACGCGGUGUCCAUCGGCACUCGCCAGAAUUGGAUUGUCGCUGUCGCCGACUGGAGACGACGACGCGGCAGGUUGAAUCUAAAGCAGGGGGGGGCACCGGUGGGAUUGCUCGGCAUUUUCGAUUUCUGCGCGCAAGGGAUGAGCAUCAACACUGCGAGUUACUUACAACCUGGGUUUUCCAGGUUGCAAAGACAGCAUGCUCCUGGUGUGAAGGUUGGGAGACUGAAAUGGCGGAAAAUUCAGUGUUGGUCAAGGACCGGAGUUACUUGCUUGUCUGAGAAAGUAUCUUGCGCUAGUAAGGAACGUGAUAUGAGGUCACCAGUGGUUAAAAUGUGUGGGAUAACAUCAGCUAGAGAUGCUGCAAUUGCUGCCGAAGCUGGAGCUAAUUUUAUUGGGAUGAUACUAUGGCCCAAAUCUAAACGUUCAAUUUCACUCUCGGUUGCGAAAGAAAUUUCUAAAGUUGCUAGGGAAAAUGGAGCACAACCUGUUGGUGUAUUCGUUGACGAUGAUGCAGAAACGAUAAUGAGAGCUGCAGAAGUUGCUGAUCUUGAAUUUGUACAGCUUCAUGGGGGUGGUUCACGGGAAGCUUUGAAACAAUUAGUUCAGGAUACACGAAUAGUCUAUGUUCUUCAUGCAAACAAGGAUGGGGAGCUUCAAAAUCAAAUUUCAGAUGAAGAAAGUUCUCUGGUUGACUGGAUUCUCAUUGAUAGCGCAACCGGGGGCAGUGGAAAGGGAUUCAACUGGACUCAGUUUAAGUUACCUUCAAUUAGAAGCAAGCAUGGCUGGCUAUUAGCAGGAGGGAUAAACCCUGAAAACGUUUCUGAAGCCUUGGCAACCCUCAAGCCUGAUGGUAUAGAUGUUAGCAGUGGCAUUUGUGGCUCUGAUGGAAUCAACAAGGAUCGAUCCAGAAUAUCCUCAUUCAUGAGUGCCGUACGUUCUGUAAGCUAUUGAGAUCGUAUAAUGAGUCGAGGACCGCAAAAGGUUCUCAGCUCCCCCAUUGCAGACCAAUCAAGUUGGGUGAAAGAGGUCAAUGCAACGUUGCUGGUGUCACAUUCUAUUCAUCAUUCAGCU